AUGGCUACUGUGGACAAGCUGGACGUGUUGACUCAUGAUAGCAUCAGAAUACAGUUGUUGCAGCGUCUUAGGGGGUCCAGCGUUAAUAUUCCGGAUCUAUGGCAUUUGAUGAGCCACUGGCCCCAAGGAACCCAUGAAGAAAUCGAACGGCUAGACGAAGAUGUGCAAAGGGUACUUACAGGCUUAUUCUCCUCCCCGAGUGACGAGGGACGGCUUCGAAAGAUGAAGGCUUCCAAUUUUGCGCUUUUUGGGGCUUUGUGGUGGGCACAUGCGCCAUUCGAGGCUUUGCGGAUCGCUACAUAUCUAAGUAUCUGGCUAUUUGUCUGGGAUGACGAAACUGAUUCACUUGAAUUCUCUGGCAUCUUGAACGAUGCGAAUGCUGCCGCAAAAUUUCGACAUGAGACUGCUACCUAUCUUCAAGAAAGCCUGUCUGGGAAAUCAGAGAUUGACCUCAUUCACAUAUCCACCAAUCCGAUCGUCACUAGCUUUAGGCCUAUAAGUGAGGCGAUACUAAAAUCUUGCAACAGGCGCCAAAUCAAUACCUUGCUUGACGAAUUAUUGUUCUUCGUGGAAAUGUGUGGGGAGGAGCAAAGAUAUCAAACGACCCCCUAUCUACCAACUAUUGAAGAAUAUAACCGAAUACGAGUUGGCUCGAGCGCUACAAGAGUCUGCUUAGCUACCAUAGAAUAUGCCCAUGGAAUUAACUUGCCCGAAGAAAUAAUGAAUAAUCAAAAGAUGGAACAAAUCUGGCACGAAACAAGCAUUAUUAUCUCGACCGCUAAUGACCUGAAGGCGCAAUCACAGCUUGAUACACUUAUCCCUCUCCUUAUGCUUGAGUCUAGGUCCAUCCAAGACGCAAUUGACCACGCCGCCAAUAUUGUGAGCUCCUCAAUCAAGAGAUUCGAGUCUGCGGAGGAAGAAAUUUUAGCACAGUAUUCCUCCAUGCCCAACGCCCACGAGGACUUGCGUAAGUUUCUUGAAGGAUGCAAAUGUGCCUGUACAGCAAACUUAAAAUGGAGCAUUACCUCUGGGAGAUAUCAGCUUGGUUGUCAAUCGAUGCAAGACGGUAUCCAUCUUACCCUUUAG